GACCGGAAACGAGUCGCCCAGCAGACUCUUGUCACAAACUGGGAUAAACACACUUCGAAGAGUAAACAACUCUCUGUUUUAGCCAGCGGACUUUAAACAUAUAGAUUUUUUAAAAACAUAAACAUGUCAGCGACAGAACAACAUGACAGCCCAGAACAUAAGAACCACGGCGGCUCAGGCAGCCACUACGGCUCCACGGAAAGCGGCGGAGAACUCGGGCCUCCGGACAGCAACCACAGCAACAGCCGCAACAACCAGCAUUUCCCCGCCACCGUGGCGGGCCAUUUGGUGAGCGCCAAUCAAGACGAGGAGGCCAUUCGCAGGAAGCUGAAGUACUUCUUCAUGAGCCCGUGUGACAAAUACCACGCCAAGGGUCGCAAGCCUUACAAGCUGAUCCUGCAGCUGCUCAAGAUCAUCAUCGUCACAGCACAGUUGGUGCUGUUUGGCCUCAGCAACCAAGUGGUGGUGACCUUCAAGGAGGAGAACACCAUGACGUUCAAGUACCUCUUCCUCAAAGACUUUGACGAGUCGUCAGACAGUUCUUUCGCCGUGUACACGCAACAGGACGUCUACGAGCACAUCUUCUAUGCUGUGGACCAGUAUCUGUCCCUGCCGGAGACCACCGUGGGCCGCUACGCGUACGUCUACGGCGUUGGUGUGAAUGGCAGCGCUCUGUCCCUCUGCCAGCAGUACUACAAGAGGGGCCGCAUCGACCCCGCCAAUGACACGUUCAGCAUCGACCCGCACAUCAUCACAGACUGCGUGGGAGUGAACCCUAUGUCCGUGCCCCCCGCUCCGCUCACCACCUCCUACAAGAACUUUACACUCAAGUUCCACAAGUUUAUCAACGUCACAAUCGAGUUUCAGCUGAAGGCCAUCAACGUGCAGACCAUCAUCAACAAUGAGAUACCCGACUGCUACACUUUUUAUGUAAAGAUCGUGCUGGACAACAAGGCUCACAGCGGCAAAGUAAAGAUACGACUGGAGAACCAAGCAUCCAUAAAGGAGUGCAAAGACCCCAGCGUGUCUGGACAGGCUCAGAAUUACACCCGGGUGGCGUUCGAUGUCGCCGUGGCGCUCGUGUGCACGCUGUCGUUGUUGCUGUGCGGGCGCUCCAUAGUGCGGGGCAUCAUGCUGCAGCAGGAGUUUGUGCAGUUCUUUAAGGAGAACCUAAAUCGCAAAGUGUGUUGGGCCGACCGUCUUGAGUUCAUCAACGGCUGGUACAUCCUCCUCAUCGUCAGCGACAUCCUCACCAUCACUGGAAGUGUCAUCAAGAUUGGCAUUGAGUCUAAGAACAUGUCUUCCUAUGAUCUAUGCGGCAUCCUCUUAGGGACCUCCACCCUCUUGGUGUGGGUGGGGGUCAUCCGCUACCUCACCUUCUUCCAGAAAUACAACAUCCUGAUCGUGACUCUUCGAGCAGCCUUCCCCAACGUGAUCCGCUUCUGCUGCUGCGUGGCCGUCAUCUAUCUGGGUUACUGCUUCUGCGGCUGGAUCGUGCUUGGACCGUACCAUGUCAAGUUCCGCUCGCUGUCCAUGGUGUCGGAAUGCCUCUUCUCCCUCAUCAACGGCGACGACAUGUUCGUGACCUUCUCGGGAAUGCAAGAGAGCAGCAUGCUGGUUUGGCUCUUCAGCCAAGUGUACCUGUACACCUUCAUCUCGCUCUUCAUCUACAUGGUGCUGUCGCUCUUCAUCGCGCUCAUCACCGGAGCCUACGAGGCCAUCAAGCAUCAAACCCAGGAGCCCAUCCAUAUAACAGACCUGCACGCCUUCAUCGCGGAGUGCACCGAUGCGCCGAGCUCCGGCAAGUUCAGGGGCGUGGAGACAUCGCCGUGCUCCUUUUUCUGCUGCUGUGACAGAAUGACAACAUACGAGGACGUCCUGCUGGUGAACUGAGGGUGAACUCGGUUCAAAUUACAUUGGACAGCGUCACUGGAACGAGCCCCUUCCCCCCCCCAACCCCCACCAGCACUUGACUAAAGGAUGAAUCAAUGAGUUGGACCGACAUUCCCGUUGAGGAAUGCACGUGUCGUGAAUUCAUCAGGAACAAGCUGCUUUGUGGAUGACGAAAGCACACGUAUUUAUUUCAUGGCACAAAGUCGGGCCAGCUCAGUGUUGUUGUUGUUGUUGUUUUUUAUUUACAUCCACAAGAAAUGAUUUUUCACCUGCUAGUUUGUUAGCAUAUUUCAAUUAUCAGGCCAAUCAACGCACACAAAACUUUGAGGCGGAUCCAGUUUGACUGUGGCCUCGGAGGGGAUGGCCUCUUUAUAGAGUGUACCCGUUAAGUGUUCUUACGUUUUGUGGAGGCAGAACCUUCACUUAAGACUUUUUUUUCCCCCUAGUUUUUGGAUUUCAAAUAUGGAUUAAGGAAGGAGGAUUACCUCACUGGACCACAACUCGUUGUUUUUAGCAUUUAUACAUCAAAACACACUCAAGAUACAGACAAAAACAAUUGCGCAAUGUAGUGUCGGACAGGGCUUCUCAAUUUGUCUGUUUAAAAAAAAAAAAAUUGACUUCAUGUAUUUUAUCUUUUUUGAAAAAUACAUAUAAAUACACAAAGCACAUUUCAGGACAAGAAACGGAGGGGCAAAUUGAAAACCAAACAAUAUUGCCAUAAUCCAGUCUCAAAAUUCUAAAUUUCACCUGUGAAGUAAAUACAAUACAGUAAAUACAGGUGUGUCUAAAUAAAUUACAAUAUGGUGGGAAACUUCAUUAGUUCAAUUCAAAAAUUUAAACUUGUGUACUGUAGAUUCACUGUGAAAAUAUCCCAAGAUAAUUUUUUUAAUAAAUGUAAUGUGAUGCUUCUUGUAUUUUACAGUUUACAAAAAGCGUGCACUCACAAUCUCAAGAAAUUAGACUAUUACAUAACCAAUCAAAAUAUUUUUUAAUAUAAAAAUCAGGUGGAAAUGGCCUUCUAAACAGUAUUUUCCUGUUUAUUGAAUCUAUGUGAAUUUUUAGCUUUUUUUAAUUUACUACUAAAAUAAAUCCACUUUUCUGCGUUAUUUUAAUUUAUUGAGAUGUACCUGCUGUACGAAAAUUUAAUCUACGUUUUAAAAAAAAAAAAAAAAAAAAAAACAACCUCAAAAGCCCGAUGCAAAUUAAAUGCUUUUUUGUUUUUAUUUUAUUUAUUACAUUUUUUUUUAACUUGCCAGUUGAGAAUCUCAUGCUGCAGUUACAGUACGCUGCACCAGCAGCGUACUGUAACCUUUUUUCAUUAAGGUUGCUGUAGUAGAUUUUGCAUUCUGUACUCACAGACUAAUGAAGCACUUGCUAUUUGGUCAUUAUUACCAAACAAAGGAAACCGCUCUUAUUUCAACACGAGAUUCCUUCAGGAAAACAAUGUUGGUCAUUUUAGAAAGCCAAACUUGAAGCAGCCAAAUAGGUCAAUUUUUGUAUGGCAAUGUACUGUGCACUAAUGUGGUCCUCCUCGUGAUUUUUUAUUUUUAUUUUUUAAAAUCUGCCUUUGUCGUCAUCACGGCUAUUUGAUAUUAUGUUUUGUAUUGCAACUAAAACGCACAAUUGUCGAAGGUGCCUCCCGUUCGGAUGACCUUCAUUAAUUUGUAUUCAAAAACAAACCUGUGUGAAAUGUAUCCAUAAAUGAUAUAUUAUAUAUUAUCCAUAUGUGCCCUAA